GUCAAAAUCAGUGUCACAAAAGUAAACAAAAACACGAGGGACGAGUAGAACACGAAAAAGCACAAUAUUGCAUAUUGUAAUUUAUAUCAAAUUAAAUAUGUGGGAUCUUUUAAGUAUUUCAUCACAAUUCGCCAAGCUUGAUUUGCCACCCUACAAAGAAUAUGGCUUGACGAUAAAAUAUCUACAUUCCACUGCAACUAAACCUGCAACAGUUUAUGGAGGAAAAGAGCCAAUUUUGCCUUUUGCUGAAAGUGAGUUGGUUCAGGCUGAAAUAGCUACAUGGAAGAGGCUGUCUGCUGAAAGUGGAGACUGCAAAGCUGUAUAUGAGGUUACUUUGGAUACAAAGGACAGAAACUUAAAAUUCAGGCCUGGGGACACUAUAGGUGUUUUACCACAAAAUACAGCUACAGAAGUCGACUUUUUACUGGAGCAUUUAGAAUUGACCUCCAAGGCUGAUGUUCAGUAUGAGUUGACCGUAGACAAAGCAGUGAAGGGAGCUAAGAUACCCCCCCACAUUCCCGUACAGUCUUCACUGAGGCAUGUCUUAACACACUGUGUGGAUGUUAGAGGAGUUGUAAAGAAGUUGUUCCUGCUAGCUCUAUCAAAACACACAGAAAAUGACAAUGAAAAGAAAGUAUUGCAAUAUCUCUGCAGCAAAGAUGGCUCAGCAGCUUACAACUCUCACAUAUUGCACAAGAACACAUGCCUAAUUGACUUACUGCAAACAUUCAAGACUUGCCGGCCACCAAUAGAAGUCAUCCUAGCCAAUGUUGGGAGGCUACUGCCAAGACCCUACUCAAUAGUGAACAGACAAACUGACAAAAGUAUGUUGAAAAUAUGCUUUUCAGUCAUACAACUAGAGAACAAUAGAAAAGGCUUAACAUCAGGAGGUCUAGAAAGUAUGAUUUUAAAGAACAGUAGUAUUGAAGAAGGACUGAAAAAUCUCAGCUUGAAUGAAGGUGGAUUCGGCCGAGUUUCAAUAUAUCUGAGAAAGAAUAUGAAUGGAUUUGCAUUGCCAGAAGAUCCUGAGAAGCCACUUCUUCUGAUUGGGCCUGGCACUGGUGUGGCACCUUUUAUAGGGUUUCUUGAAGAAAGGCAAGCACAGAAAGAAGAAAAGUCAACCUUAAAGUUAGGGGAUGUAUGGUUGUUUUUCGGAUGUAGAAAUCCGAAAUUAGAUUUCUUGUACGAACAUGAAUUGAAUGAGUUUGUUGAAAAAGGUUGUCUGACGAGACUCAGUACUGCAUUUUCGAGAAUAGAAAAUGAUGGAGUCAAAUAUGUUCAGCAUGCAAUAACAAGAGACGGUAAAGACAUAGCAAAGUUUAUAAAAAACGCGCACAUAUUUGUUUGUGGCGAUCUCAAGAGCAUGGCGUCCCAGGUUCGAGACUCGAUAAGGCAAUGCCUCGUACUUCACGAUGGCAACACUGACGAAGAGGCCGACAGAUUUAUCACACAAAUGGAGAAAGACAAGAGAUAUAUUGUUGAUAUAUGGAGCUGAGAAAAAUGUAAAUUAUAGCAAAUAUUAGUUUAUUAUACAAAUGUAUAAUGGAAUUUGGUAUGCUACAUUUUUAAUACAUACCCAAUCACCCA